UAAUUUAGGUUAAAGAUGAUAGCAAAUGUCAAAUACCAAAUGGAAUUAAUGUCUAAAUCUGUGGAUAAUAAUCGAGAACAAAAAUGUUUAUUAAUUACUAAUAGAGGGGAUGAGGAAGAACAAUAUUCAACAAUGCAAUCAACAAAAUUGACAACAAAUAAUUGUUCCUCCACCUGUUUAUUAGAGAAAGAAGGGCAGCAAAGGAAUGGAUUUAGUAAAGGACAACGAAAAAAGUCAAUAGGAAGUGGAGGUUAUUUAAAAAAAAUUUUUAAGGGUUAA